CGGCUGAAACGUAUUGCGUAAUGACGCAAGCGGUCGACGUAGCAAGAUCAGCUGAUACGUAUUACGUAAUUGUGCCUGCUAGGUAAUAUCACCUGUUGGCAGUUCGUCGUGCGCCUCGAAUGUGAAUGCUUCGUUAGUAUCUGCGUGAGAUAAAGUGCUGUUGGAAUACCAGAAGUUCUUGUGUCGUCAAGUUCAUAGAAGUGGUGUAACUGCAGCAGUAAGUCUACAAAGUGUUCCGUUUAUCGUUUUGACAUUCCGGCCGCUUCAGUAAGUACGCUAAUAGUGAUGGCAAGAGAAGCGCGGAGACUAAUGGACAUUUCUUUGACUAAAAUGGCGCAAUCUCGCGCCCAACGUCGCGGUGUUAGCCUCCAUAAAAAUCUCUUGGUUUUUAUGGUUCUGAAGAAGGCGCGUUGCAUUUUCAUGGAGGAAGCACACCACAUGGUUCAGUCCCAACAGGCUGGUGCCAGUGGCGGUGGUUACACGACAUCAACCAGAGCAACGACACCGCAGGAUCACCAGCAGCAAGACGAAUGCGAACAGAACUAUGACAAGGGACUUGUAGAUUUAGCACCGGAGGAGGCUGGCAUUGGAUCGUCACAGCAUACAACACCACACUGCGAAGACGCGUCGUCCAGAGUUAAGCAAGAAUUUAUUCAACCUUCAGCGUCCUGUGUACCGUGUGCAGAUAAUAUCCCGCCCUCUCUUUCAUAUGCAGAUGACAAAGAAAAUCAAACGCCACCCCCUAAUCACACAAAUCCCGCCUCUCCUCAGAGUGAAGUCUCUACAUAUUUAGCCCUGGACCAAUCACCCUUUCGUGGAGACAGCGUUCUACGAGACAGAUCGAAUGCAACAAGUACUUCUUCGCCGAGGUCCCUUAAGAGGUGGAGUACCGUUGGGGAGUGCAAAACAGAGGAAGCAGAUUUAACACCGGAGGAGGCUGCCAUUAGAUCAUCACAACAUACAACUGUUUCAACUAUUCCACCCAAGCGUGUGAAGAUAUCGGCCGCGUGUUGUGAGGGUGACGAUUCCACGACAAUGGAAGUCAAUCGUGUUGCAAGUCUUAUGUCCAUACUCAGGUUCGGCAAUCUUGCAGGAAAUGUGGCAUCAGCAGCUGCGGACAUGUCGGCGGCGACGGGAAUUGGAAAGCUAACUCGUUCGCUAUCCACACCAGACCUGUGUUCAUCUCAAGCCAAGGAGGAUGUUCGUGUUCUGCAGCAGAGGCCGUUUCGUGCAACGGUUGCGCAAAGACUGCUACAUCAAAACCGAGCAGUGUUGCAAACGUAAACAUAUUAAUCCAAUGAACUUUGUGAUCUUUGAAUUGGAAUUUAAAUAGGGCGUUUGCAGCAAGCUGUGUGAUACUGAACUGGGCAUAGUAGUGAAAGACAGAGUUAAGCAGUUCUGUGUUUAAAUUGCCAGUGCAGGAUAUGGCGGCGAGUUGUACACAGGGGGGUCUAACCCAGAAUGUAAUCAUAAAAUGUUUUUUUUCUCACACACACAGUAUUGCCAAAAUCGCUUAAUGCUACUGUUACUUGGAAUCAGUGUACUCCGAUUAUUGCAAUUUGUUCAACACUUGCAACUAGCAAAAUUGAAGGCUACAAAUAAUUAUUUUCCUUUAAUGGCAAACGCUGCACUCCUAAGAAUUUUUGUUUUCCUGUUGCAAACAGAUUGCAGGCUGUAUAGUGAUUGAUUCACGGUGGCUAUGUAUUCACUUUAAUCCAAAUAAGUGGGGGUUUGUAUUGUCAUCAUACUGUUGCACAUUUUUAUUUAUUAGAUGUCUGUGUAUUUAGUCCAUCAAUAAUGCAAUAAUCAUUAAAAUAUUCACCAGUCAACACCAACAUAUGUUUCAGCCACAGACUGCCAUCCUCAGGAAUUUUGAUGUAAAAUUUGCCUAGGCUUCGAAUUAAGCAUAUUGCUACAGAAACCAAGUACAAAAUCAUUAAUAUAAAUCUGUCUUAGAGGAGUUUUAUAAAUAUGUAUAAUAUGGGUAAAAAUACAAGGAAAGUUGCCAAAAUCGCUUAAUGCUACUGUUACCUGGAAUCAGUGUACUCUGAUUAUUGCAAUUUGUUCAACACUUGCAACUAGCAAAAUUGAAGGCUACAAAUAAUUAUUUUCCUUUAAUGGCAAACGCUGCACUCCUAAGAAUUUUUGUUUUCCUGUUGCAAACAGAUUGCAGGCUGUAUAGUGAUUGAUUCACGGUGGCUAUGUAUUCACCUUAAUCCAAAUAUGCGGGAGUUUGUAUUUCAGCAUCCUCUUGCACAUUUUUAUUUAUUAAAUGUCUGUGUAUUUAGUCCAUCAAUAAUGCAAUAAUCAUUAAAAUAUUCACCAGUCAACACCAACAUAUGUUUCAGCCACAGACUGU